AAAAUACAGGACUCGACGAGGUGCUGAUUCUUCGACCAUCUAGCUGAAUCGUUGUGCGAAUCGGCAUUAUAUAUAAUGGCAUCAAACGAUGACGUAUACGAUCUUGUCGUUGUAGGUGGAGGCAUCGUCGGGCUUGCGAUCCUCCGCGCGGCUACUUUAGAAGGCUGGCGUUGUGCGUUGAUCGAGCGCGAAUCCGAUCUGUUGUCAUGGGCUAGUGGUUCAAAUUCUGGAAUUAUCUGUACGGGCGUGGAUGCUACUCCGGGAACGCUCGAACGAGCUUUGAUUCGAGAUUCCAUCUCCAGGAUCCGACUGUUCUGUGCAGAGAUGAAUGUUCCUAACCGACCAUGCGGUUCCUUGGUUUGUCACUGGCCUUGGGACAUGGAAGAUCGCCUCCAAAAAGUUCUUUUAGAAUCUCACGAAGCUGGUGACACGCAUGCGUGUUACCUCUCCGCCGACCAGGUAAAACGAAUGGAGCCAAACCUCAACCCGGAUUGUCUCGGCGCCAUACACAUUCCCGGGGAAAUUGUAGUGGAUCCAUGGCUGUUUUCCAUUGCUUUCGCCAGUCACGCCAGAGAGAACGGAGCCUCGAUUUUCACAAACUUUUGUUUUGACGCGGAAAGCUCUCAAUACAACGAUGGCGUGUGGACUAUUUGCCGAGUUAGAGAAAGCAUCGAUGCUACUAGGAACGUGCCCGACAAGCUCAAGGCUAAAGUCUUGGUCAAUGCGAGUGGUGUGUGGGCCGACUUGAUCGACCGCGACAUCUGCAAUGAGACAAAAUUUACGGUUAGGCCACGAAGGGGCCAGUAUCAGAUAUUUAGCUCAAACUACCAGACAACCAUCACCCAUCCGAUUCAACCCAUUCCGACGCAACGCACCAAAGGAGUUUUUGUCUUUUCUUCACUCUACGACCAAGUAAUCGUAGGUCCAACCGCUCUAGAUCAGGAUUCACGCACGGAUCGGUCGAUUGACCGAGAAGUCGCCAACGAACUUGCCAAAAAUGGUAAGCGUAUUCUGCGUGAGCUCGACUUGUCCAACGAUCAAAUCGGAGAGUACGCAGGAAUUCGUCCGGGAACCGAUCGUCGUGAUUACCAGAUAAGCUUUGACUAUUCAAGACGCUGGAUAAGUGCGGCCGGCAUCCGCUCCACAGGCCUGACAGCUAGCCUUGGAAUCGGUCAUCACGUCGCACGUCUUCUGCAAUCAGUACUUCCAGAACCGACGGUGUUGUCCGAGAGCAUGGAGACCACUCCUCUUCCACCAGUCCCGUUAUUGGUAGAAGAAUUUCACAAUCGAUCCGAUGGUAGCGUUCAUAUAGGUGGGCACGACUACAAAGUAACUCAUCCUAUAACAAGGUUCGGGUGGGAGGCUAGAACUGGAUUAGCAAGCACCUGA